CAUUCAAACGGGCGAAUUUUGUUGUAGAAUUUUGAUUUGAAUUUGUUUACUUUUCUUGUCAUUUUAGUGCAAUCAGGAGACAAUGCCUUGUUUACCAAACGGUUGAUAUAUUUUCAAAGUUUUAGGCUGGUACGAUUAUGAAGUAUUUUCGUUGAUUGCUCGUGGAUCGGUGAUGUUUUCAACGAUUAAUAGCUGCUCAAGUUGGUGUGAUCAAUUCACUGGAUAUAUUUAAUGCAAUUUAAUGCAAAUUUUACACUAUGGUAGCGGAGUAUAUUUUUAUGUAAAAGCAUGUCAUGAUCGAUCGUGACGAUGGACACUCGGGUGCAAGUGAUGGAAGAUAAAAUAGCUCCAAAGAAUGACAUAAAAAAGAGAAUUCAUUCCGGGAAACGAUUCAGUUUUGGCAAAACUGUGCAGUUCCCAGACUGGAGGAUCAACAAUGAUUAUAAUAGAACAACCCAGUUGAUUGUGAGCUAUAAGGAGGGCAAGAAAGUAUCUAAGUUGCGGGAACCAAGAAACCUUUAUUCCUUGACCAGUAAACAGAGCCCUUCCAUCAACACACCACGUUGGCCAGCAGAGAUAAAGGUGAUUUCAGAGCGACCUCAACAUCUUGAUAGCCUACCACAUGAACCUGAGAAAUUUUAUAAUUCAGAACUUUUGGGAGAAAUUGAAGAUAACCUUCCUUUUCCAACAAAACCUGAAGAUGGAGAAGUUGUGUUUGAGAACAAAUCUGGAAAUUCAAAAUAUUUUGAUAGUUCACAAUCUGGUGGGAAUAAAGUGCAGAAAUCAAUCUCAUCAUCUGAUGUGCAGACGUUAUGGUUUGAAUCAAGAUUUGAGAGUGGCAACCUAUCAAAAGCCAUUAAAAUUGGUUCAUGUGAUUACCAGCUAUGGUUGCGGACAGAUUUGUACACAGAGAAGUACACCCAGUGGUAUUAUUUUCGGGUUGAGAAUACUCAACCUGGAAAAGUUUACAGAUUCACAAUUAUGAAUUUGAUGAAGUCUGGCAGUCUAUACAGUUGUGGUAUGAAGCCAUUGAUGUACUCUGAACAAGAGGCUAAAGAGAAGGGUAUUGGCUGGAGAAGAGUUGGUUCAAAUAUCAAAUAUUAUAAGAAUGAACUUAAGCGAGAAGAUGCCAGAGGUGAACAUUCCUUGUAUUCAUUGAGCUGGACUGUUGUAUUUCCACACGCCAAAGAUCGUUGCUACUUUGCCCAUUGUUAUCCGUAUACAUACACCGACCUACAGGAAUAUCUGAGCAAGUUAUGUAAAGAUCCUUGUCGCUCGCAGUAUUGCAAACAGAGGACGUUGACAAGAACCUUGGCUGGAAAUUUUGUGUAUCUAAUGACUAUCACAAGUCCGUCGAAAUGUCCUUUGGAAGCCAAGAGAAAGCGUGCAAUAGUGCUUACAGCUCGUGUUCAUCCUGGUGAAAGCAACUCAAGCUGGAUGAUGAAAGGUCUCCUGGAUUACCUCACGAGUGAUACCCUCGACGCCAAGCUGCUCAGAGACACCUUCGUUUUCAAAGUUAUACCAAUGUUGAACCCAGAUGGCGUCAUCGUAGGGAAUUAUCGUUGCUCGUUAACUGGCCGAGAUUUGAACAGGAAUUAUAAGACCAACCUCAAGGAAGCUUUUCCUUCCGUUUGGCACACAAGAGAAAUGAUAAAACGGCUAAGUCAAGAGCGAGAGAUUACGUUAUACUGUGAUUUUCACGGGCACAGUCGACAGCAAAAUGUUUUCAUAUAUGGCUGCGAAAAUAGAGCGAAUCUUGAUCAGGGCUUUAAAGAACGGGUCUUUCCCAUGAUGAUGUCACAAAAUUGCAAAGACAAAUUCUGUUUCAAACGAUGCAAAUUUAGAGUGCAAAAAAGCAAGAGCGGCACGGGAAGGGUCGUGAUGUGGAAUUUGGGGAUUAGCAACAGCUACACGAUGGAGGCAACAUUUUGUGGUUCGACUCUUGGUUCGAGAGCUGGAGAACAUUUCACAACAGCGGACUUUGAGUCAAUGGGUUAUCACCUCUGUGAUACAUUGUUAGACUAUUGUGAUCCAGACACGUCCAAGUAUUUCGCAAUUUUGAACGAAGUGGAGAUCUACGUGAAGUCUUUAAUAUUGGAGCGGAUGAAGGAGAAAGGGUUGGCGGAACCUGAUAUGAAACUCUCCGAUGUUGACUUAGGGACGGAUUACGUAACAUCAGAUUCAAGCCCUAGUGGCUCUGAUAGUUCAGUGUCGGAUGGCUUGCCAAUGCAUCUCAUUUACGCCGAAAAAGAAGAAUCAAAGGCGCAGAAGAAGAAGAAGUGCUUGAAAACAAGGAAGGAAAGAAACAAACGUAGAACGCGUAUCUGGGAUAAACAGACACAAGACAAAGAGCCUGUUAAACCAUCUGAAGAAAAAAGAACGCAGGCCGCAAAGAAUAACCGUGGAAACGAUUUUCCCGAUGGAGGGUUGAAGAAUACAUCUUACAGAGGAAGUUCUCGUCAAAAAAAUACCAAGACGCCAUCACUGUCUGUCUCACACGACGCAUGCAAGACAGCGACCACUCCCGAACACUUUGCCGAAGUAAACAUUCAGGGAUACGAAUCAGCUCUAGAUUCUAUUGGACGAAACGAUUCGUCCACAUCUUUUUAUGGUCAAAGUAUACCUCACCUACGCUACUCAGGCAAGGAGGCAUGUUUUGGGCUGGCUCCGGCUACACCUUCACGCGGUUUAAAUCGCUGGUCGGCAGAGAAGAAAAAGGAAAACACGAGUAAUGACGAAGAGGAGUCUAGUUUUAUUGGAAGAUACAUGGCGAGACAGAUACGACUAACCAUUCAGCGAAAGGAUGGCCACAAAACAUCGCCGAAGCCAGUCGACCCGUUGGAGGUUGCUCGUAAAGUUCAUCGAUGUGACUCCAGUUACAAGACGAUAGCCACUGCCCAGGCAGGGGAUUGGGAGGGACGCAUCGAGGAAGUGAGGACACGCGGGGAUAGGAAAGUCACCAGGGGGCAGUAUUGUGCACGUCAUGCUGCAGAAAUGAGAAAAGACAGAAAUGAAAACGAACGAAUGAGAAGAGAAAAUUUUCAGCCACUGGAAGGAAACAAGAUUUACUCAAGUCAAGAAAACGUAGGUAGCCGCACUUCUCAACAGAGUCGAACGAGGCAGACAACAAAGAUCGCUCCUUCUUUCACGAAUGCCAGCGAUGUUCAGAAAGACACGCUUAAAACGCGUCUGGAUAAACGAGGCAACUCCGACAACAACUUUCCUCUUGUGAACUUUUCUGAAAGAACGAAAUCGAGUCAAAUUAACAGCGAAAAGAGAGUCUUCAACUUCAGAGGAGUCGCACCAAAAACCACGAAAUCUGGUUACGACUUGUCCCACGAACAUCGGAACUCAUCGUCAACUGACAACGGUUAUUUCUCGUUCGUGGAUAACAAAGAAAAACAGGAUUCGGGAAAUUCUGCCCGAGUGUCAUUGUCCGACAAUGUUCUUGGGCGUUCAUCACCUUUGCCUUCGUCUUAUGAGAAAUAUCGGAGGACACACACAGCAGAGGAAGUUACAGCAUCGACCAAAGGCGACAAUUUAAACUCGUCCGAACAAAAUCUUCCUAAAGAUUCAGACGAAAUGGCGUUAAAAGCAGUUGGACGUUUGCGAAAAAAGAUUCAAAAUCUCAACUCGCUAGGACAUAUGGUUGACGUUGCUGCAAAUAAUCAACAUAGUGAUGGCAAGUUCACUGAGGAGGAUAGUCAGGAAUCUCUUCUGAACGAUUUCAGGAAUUUUCAAAUCAACCAUAACGGCGGCCAUAGAAAAACAAUUUUCCAAGAAAAAAGUAGUUAUUUGAGGCAAAAGAAAACGUAAAUGGGAGGAUUUCCAAUAGUUAACCUGCCCAAAUUGUUGGCAUUUUAUACAGUGAAACUGAUCCAAAACCAGAGUGUAUUUAUUGA